AUGCGAUUAUUUGAUAAUGUAAUUACCAUUCAAGCCCCUACGUUUCCAGAAUCUAUUAGCGAAGGAGAUAUUCGUUGGCUCAAAGAGGUGGGUGAUACUGUUGAAGAGAAUGACACUAUAGGUGAAAUAGAAACUGAUAAGACAACUAUGGCAGUGCUUGCACCUGAAUCUGGAGUAAUCGAGGAAUUCCUUAUUCCGGAUGGUGAAAAAGUAACUCAAAGUCAAAAUAUUGCGAAAUUUAAAGUUGCUGCAGGCAGCGAGUCAGGUUCACAAUCUACGGAAACAAAAGCCCCUUCGCCAUCCCCAGCAACAGCAGAAACGAAGGAAGUGCCACCGAACGCAGAAUCCCCGCCAGCUCAAGCUGCUGAAAUUCCUAGUGCACCACCACCAGUUCCUAACAUUCCUGAAAGUCCAAUAUCUGCGACGCCAAUUCCACCCGUAAGCCAGAAGAGGCCCAUAGCUGCUGCAGUGCCACAGCCUAUAGAGCCAAUGCCGAGCGGUGUGCGAUCAGAGAGACGAGUUAAAAUGUCACGCAUGCGAUUAAGGAUUGCCGAACGCCUGAAGGCGGCACAAAAUACCUGUGCUAUGCUCACAACAUUUAAUGAAGUUGAUAUGAGUAAUGUAAUAGAGAUGAGAAAUGCUUAUAAGGAAAGCUUUCUCAAAAAGCAUGGAGCCAAACUUAGUUUUAUGUCACCAUUCAUUAAGGCGUCCGCGUUUGCUUUACGUGAUCAGCCUGUAAUCAAUGCUGUUAUUGACGGAAAAGAGAUCAUAUAUCGGGACUAUGUUGAUAUUAGUAUUGCCGUAGCCACGCCUAAAGGGUUGGUUGUUCCUGUUCUUAGAAAUGUCGAGACUAUGAACUAUGGUGACAUUGAAAAAAAUGUAGCCACUCUGGCAGAAAAGGCAAGACAUAACAACAUCACUGUUGAAGAUAUGGAAGGGGGAACCUUUACUAUUUCGAAUGGUGGUGUUUUUGGAUCUUUAUUUGGUACACCUAUUAUAAAUCCUCCACAGUCUGCAAUAUUAGGCAUGCAUGGAGUAUUUGAUAGACCAAUUGCAGUUAAAGGAAAGGUUGAAAUACGUCCAAUGAUGUAUAUUGCUUUAACAUACGAUCAUCGACUAGUGGACGGUAGAGAAGCAGUGCUAUUCCUGCGCAAGAUCCAUGUCUCAUUCAUUGUAAGAGAUAGAAGUUCUUUGGGUAAAUUAAAGUUUUCGUGUUGA